UUCUAAUGGCCGUUUGUGGCCAUCACACAGUGCUAGAUUAUCUUUACUACUCCGUGCUCUCUCAUCUUGCCCUUUAUACACGGGUUCCAUCCCCUUCACAUGCCCAUUCUCACAAGCUGUCUGCGCUCCUACUUCACACCCCACCAAGAAACACACCAUCCCCGCCUCAUCGCGCAGCUGAAUCUUCCUUCAUGUGCGCGAAAUGCAAAUGCCGCCACUUCUUGGGGCUCUGCCGCCGCCGCAUCCUCAUCAUCACUAUCGCCAUAACAAUCACAGUCACCGUAACCGUCAGCGCCACCCUCACCGCGCGAGAGAUACUGCGCCCGCGCAAGCCCCGCCUCACCCUCCAAGACAUCACCAUUCCCACGCUCAAUGUCUCCCUCGCCAGCGAUAACCAAACCUAUUUCCUGAACGCCACCUUCCAGGUCACCAUCUCCUCUCGCAACCCGCAUGGCAACCCCCGCUCCAUCCUCUAUCACGACCUUCACGUCCACAUGUCUUACCACGACCAGCAGAUCACGGCCGCAACGCUCCUGCCCCAGACCUAUCAGGGUCGUGGAGGGGUCGAUGUGUGGUCGCCUCUUGUGUCUGGGGUUUCCACGCCCAUCGCUCCAGAAAUCGGCCCCGCGUUGAACCGGGACAAGAGCAACGGAUUUCUCAAGAUGGAAGUGAAGCUCCAAGGACAAGUGAGGUGGAGGCCCGGGAUCUUCACGUCCGGAAGCUUCAUUUCAGUGGAUUGCCCUGCAUAUAUCAACACGGGGAGUGGAAACAAAGGAGUUCCGCUCUGGCUCGGCACAGUCAAGUAUCAGCUGAUGCAGAGCUGUAGUGUCAGCCUGUGAAAGGAAAGGACGAGCACAAGUUUUAUGCCAAUCGAUACCCCUUAUUAACCUCCAUGUCUGAAAUAGUUGGAUGCCCACAGUGCACCUGUAACGCUACCUAUCGUCAUCUUCGUUGUCAAUUUGCUUGCGCAUAAUAAACAUUCAUCUCUCGUGUUCAUCUACCUAUCACGACU